AUGCUCCCCGGCAAGUACCUCGUUGCUUUUAUCGCCGUUUGCGCCUCUCACUCGUGUGUGGUCAGUGCUGGGGGCUAUAGUCUCCCGGACUACUCUCCACCGGCAGUAUCUGAAGCCUCGGUCUACCAAGAGGCAGCGACGCCGUGUCCUGAAACAACCGAGCCGCCUACAGCGACUAUUCCGGUUCAAGAGGCGUCACAGGUAUACGUGCCUACCCCGACCGAGACUCCAUGCCCGGAGACGACAGAGCCCCCUACAGAGACUGUGACUGAAGCUCCAUAUGUGCCCACUCCAGCACAAGAAGAGGAGACAGAGCAAUACGUGCCCACUCCAGCGGUAACUGAGACGCCGUGCCCUGUACUGCCGACCCCUCCACCCGAGGAAUCGACACCAUACGUCCCCACAGAGACCCCUUGCCCGGUAUUGCCGACCCCUCCGCCCGAGGAAUCCACUCCAUACGUCCCGACAGACACCCCUUGCCCAGUUAUCACUCUGGUACCGGAGACGUCUCCCCCUGUUUACCAACAAGAAUCUACCCCGUCAAAAACCGAGACAGCAGUGGAUAUUCCUUUAACGUUUAUGCCGGACACACUUGCCCCUGAGGUUUACACUCCAGUUCCGGCACAGACGACUCCAUGCCCGAUUUUCACUUUACGACCCGAUACGGAUGCCCCUGAGGAAUCGACGGAGUACACGUCAACACCGGCACCAACGACCCCAUGCCCAGUUUUCACCCUAGUGCCGGAGACGCCGGCCCCGGAAGCGGAACAGUACCAAGAAUCCACCCCGUACACUCCUGAGACCGUGGAUACGCCCACUCCAGAUGUUUACACGCCGGCACCGACGACACCGUGCCCGGUCUUCACCCUGGUGCCGGAGACGGAUGCUCCGGAGACUCAAGAGCAAGAGCAGACGCCCUACACUCCAUCGGCAACCGAGACUCCUUGCCCGACGGAGACGGAGGAGGCGUAUGUGCCGUCUGAGACUCCGUGCGCCACGACACCGGCACAGACCGAGGCUGCAACUCAGGAGCCGGUCACGGACGUCCCGCUGCCUCCUUUCACGGAAGAGCCAACGGAGACUCCCUGCCCCACGACAGCCACCCCGGAGGCUUACACUCCCACUCAGACGGAGGAGUCGACCGAGGCAGAAACGCCGUGUCCGACUACUGCAGUACUGGAAACCGAGACGUCGCCGGCACAGACAGACGAACCUGUGGUAGAUACGUCCGUUCCAGUGGAAACUGCAAUCCAGGAAGAAAACACAGACACCACCGACGAUAUGGGGGACACGUUCGUGGACGCGAUUCCCACGCAGCGUCGAAACCUUCGGUCGGAUUGAAC